CUCAGCCGCGGUUCAUCGUGCUUUGUUUCUCCCCGAAACCUCAAUUUCUGCGGUGCGCUUUGUAGUCUUUCCACGUACAACACAACCUUGUCUUUGCGCCUGCUGUGUAGACCGCUUGGUAUCUUCUACCAUGGCUCCCAAGGCUCCAUCGCGCGAGGCAUUGACGAUGCUCAAACACUCCAUCAGGACUUCAAGCGCCCUCCGUUCAGCGUCGCAGUGCCGUUUCCUACCACAUUUUGCCCACGCCACGCCACGAGCCCCUGUCCAGCCUCAGUUCCCGAGGCAGUCCUCGCGUGGUGUAGCUACGUACACACAUGCCCACCAUGCCGAUGCCGUUUCCGUCUUACCGACCAAUGUCGACACCAAUGCAGAGGAUUUCAAAGAAAACAAAAGGCAGAUGGAUGAAGCUACUGAAGCCCUCGAACAGCUUCAUGCCAAGAUCGCACAGGGUGGCCCCGAGAAAGCCAGGGAGAAGCACAUACAGCGAGGCAAGAUGUUCGUCCGCGAUCGCAUUACGGCACUAAUUGAUCCGGGAACUCCAUUCCUGGAACUUAGUCAGAUGGCCGGAUACGACAUGUAUAAGGGCGAAGAUGUUCCCGCAGGCGGAAUCAUCACAGGUGUUGGGACGGUGAAUGGCGUGCAGUGCAUGAUCGUGGCGAACGAUUCGACAGUGAAAGGUGGAACAUACUAUCCCAUCACUGUCAAGAAGCAUCUUCGCGCGCAAACUAUUGCGCAGGAAAAUCGCCUGCCCUGCAUCUACCUUGUCGAUUCUGGAGGUGCAAACCUUCCCAACCAAGCCGACGUUUUCCCUGAUGUAAACCAUUUCGGUCGGAUCUUCUACAAUCAGGCCGUUAUGUCUGGUAUGGGAAUUCCUCAAAUCAGUGUGGUCAUGGGUCCUUGUACUGCCGGUGGCGCAUACAUCCCCUCCAUGAGCGACGAAAGUAUCAUCGUGGAGAACCAAGGCCACAUUUUCCUUGCGGGUCCUCCUCUCGUGAAAGCUGCCACCGGCGAGGUCGUCUCAGCAGAGGAGCUUGGAGGAGGAAGGUUACACAGCGAAGUUUCCGGCGUCACCGAUUCCCUUGCCGUUGACGACGCCCACGCACUCGUUCUGGCUCGCAGAAGCGUAGGCAACCUCAACUGGCACCGAAAGCAAACUUUCUCCCCCUCUGCGCAGCCGACCUUCGAAGAGCCUCUAUACGACCCUAAGGAGCUUUCAGGUAUCGCUGGAACCAACCUGCGCCGGCAAAUACCCAUCCACGAGAUCAUCGCGCGCAUUGUCGAUGGCUCUGUGUUCUCUGAAUUCAAGCCUCUUUACGGCCCUAGUCUCGUCACUGGUUUCGCUAAAAUCUACGGCCACCCUGUCGGCAUUGUAGCGAAUAAUGGCAUCUUGUUCUCUGAAUGUUCACUCAAGGGCGCCCAUUUCGUCCAAUUAUGCGGAAAGCGACAGAUUCCUCUAAUCUUCUUGCAAAACAUCAGCGGGUUCAUGGUCGGUAAAGACGCAGAAUCUGGAGGCAUUGCAAAGAAUGGCGCCAAGCUCGUGACGGCGGUGAGCUGUGUAGAUGUACCCAAGUUCACCGUCAUCGUCGGGAGCUCAGCAGGCGCGGGUAACUAUGGCAUGUGCGGCCGUGCAUACUCUCCUCGCUUGCUCUUUGCUUGGCCUAAUGCAAAGACCUCGGUCAUGGGCGCAGAGCAACUUUCUUCCGUCAUGGAAGCAGUCGGCAAGAAAGUGGACCCCGAUCUAAAGGCCCGUAUCGAACGUGAAAGCGAGGCUACUUUCGGUUCUGCGCGGCUGUGGGACGACGGUAUCAUCCCGCCUGAGCACACGAGGAGAGUGCUGGGAAUGGGACUGCAGAUGGCACAAGGCGGUCAAAAUCUAGGCGUCGAGAAGGAGUCGAAAUGGGGUGUUUUCAGGAUGUAAGAAUGGAAUGCUAACGACGAUGCAGAAAAUCAAUCAUUAAUCAUUCAGCGUU